AUGUCCGUCGCGCUGGCCUCGAUCUCAAACCGCCUCACAUCGGCACAAGCCCAGCUCCUCGAACGCUCUCGCGUCCUCACGCUCGGUCUCGUCCCUUCUCCCUCGGCGACGACGUCGCUCGUGCGCACGCUCACAGGUGUGCGGAACGACCUCGCCAAGGCCGAAGACGAAGCUGCGUUGGAGAACAACGGCCUGUCUGUGGGCGGCAAGGCACCGCGGACAGGCAAGCGCCGUGCAUCCGAUGCGCUGCAGCUCGACGAGUUGACGGCGCGCUACGACCGGCUGGUGGAGAUGCUCCAGGCAGACGAGGAUGGGAGGGGCCGCGCAAAGGCCUUGGUACGCGAGAAGCGCGCACCCAGCCCCGCACCAGAGGCCGACGAGGAUAUCCACGUGCCAGACGUGACGGUCGAGCCGCCAACACCUGCUGCACCCGAACCUAUCCGGCCGUUCAAGGAUUACGACGAGGAGGACGAUGCCCCGCCGCAUGAGAUUAUUGAGCAGCAGCAGCUCAUGAUGAAUGACCAGGACGAGCGCCUCACCCUCUUGUCCCAUUCGAUCAACAGGCAAAGUCACCUCUCUGUGCAGAUUGGCGAUGAGCUCGAUAUCCACCACGAGCUGCUCGAGGACACGGACGCAGCCAUGGACCGCACGGCUGCCCGUUUGAACUCUGCGCGGAGGCGGCUCGACCACGUUGCCGACAAUGCCAAGCAAUAUGGGAGCACCAUUACAAUUAUCGUGCUCAUUUUCGUGCUGUUGCUCCUCAUCAUUGUGUUCAAGACGUAG